GCCCUCUCAGGCGGUAUGGCUGAACCAGUUCGAGUGCAGGCGUUGACUGAACGGUACCUUCAUGGAGCAUUGAGCAUCUCCAACAAGUUUGUUGGCGCAGGCCGAAAGCGAUUGUGCUGCCUGAUUCCGCUUUCGCUCCUGCCCACCCCGAUGAGCGAAUUCAAAAAGUUGUAUGCGACGGAGGAUUCCCUCUCUGCAAGCGCAGUUGCCGUUCGCGAAAGCGACGACAAAGUUGUCGGUUUCGUGCAAAUGACUGAUGCAAGCAUGAAACGAGAUCCGUUUGGGAAAUGCCUUCAUCCUUCUUGUGAAGGCGAGUGCUAUAUUGAGAUGAUGAGCGUACUACCAGAAAUGCGCGGACAGGGCAUUGGCACUCGCCUCUUGCAGUUCUGUGAGACAUGGGCCCGCGAGCGAGGUGCACACAAACUGACUCUGGGUGUUGUUGCUAGAAACCCGGCAAAACAUUUGUAUGAACGCUUCGGAUUUGUGGAAUGUGAAAGCAAUACAGCAUCUGCAUGUUGCAAUUCGCUGUGUGUAUUCUUUUUGUUAGGUUUUCCGCAUUGGGGGUGUGGGGCCACCAUGAUGGCCAAGAAUCUCCUUUCAUGAUGAAUGAGGACGAACUGAUGUUUCCUUGUGUUUUUCUUUGUUUAUUCUCAGGCGUGCAGAGCAUUUAACACAGAAACCUGUUUGUUCGUAGCGCAGGCCUCCACGUCGGGACGGUCAAUCCAUCAACUGCCAUUGUUUUCUUGCUUGCCAUCCGCUCUUCUAGAUACUGCAUUAAAAUUUUUCUCAAAUGGG